AUCGUUUCCAAACUCUUAAUCGCUCGUUCGCGUUCGUUCGAAAGCAGAAGGCCGUAUGAUCGAGGGCUAGAGGAGCCGGUAGAGUGGCGCGAUUCCACGAGUCCCACGUCACGUCGUGUCCAUCGUGAAGGAGGUGGGGUUUCGCAGCGAGUAAUCCGAGCGAGUGAGCGAACGAGCGAGUCGUCAGCCAGUCAAGCUGAAACCGCGAACAACCGCGACACCGUGUGCCUCGUUGCUCCGUUCUCUCCGCGUUCAGUCGAUGGCGCCAGGAACUUUCUGUCACCUCGAAAAUAAACACACCGGUGUACCAGGUUCGAUUUCCACCGCGAAUAUCGUGCCGGAUCUACGGGAGUUGCGGUCGACUCACCUGUCGGCGGUGUCGCAGUUCGAAAGAGCGCGGAAUUGCGUUAGAAGUCGCGUGUAGCUGAUAUCGGAUCGAAGGAAAUUGGAUCGCGAUUGACGGUCGUGCGUGAAAACGGGAUCGAUGCGGUGCGUGCACCGAUCGAGUGGGCUCGAUUCAAGGGAAUCGCGGUGGAAUCGGAUCAAGGAAUCGUCCCGAGGUUACUCGAAUUCGACGGUAAAAGAAUUCAGCUCGAAUUAAGCCGAGGAAAUCGCAUCGUGACCGAUAUCCCGCCUAAAAUCCGGCUGAAAGCACCGAGCGGUCUGCCGCGGAAUCGAGCGCGUGUAAACCUGGAUGGAAAGCGAGUUCGCGCGAGUCGGGUCUUUAAUAUUCGAAACCGCGACCGAGAAGGGGUACCUGGUCGAACGGUGAAAUCGAAGAUGCAGCGAGAGAUCGAAUCGAAGUUCAAAGGAUAUACCAGCGGUGUCUAUUAAGCGUUUUGCUCUCGCGUUACGCCCGUGGAAAGUCAAACACAACGUUGGAGAGGUGGAGAGAGAAGGGAAGAACGUUGUUCACCGCGACUUUCACGUCGAGCUGUUUCUUGUCGAUCGCCUUGCGAAAAUCCAGCCUUAUUCUCUCUGCUCUCUGUUGACGAAAAGUUUCUUCAACAGGCACUGUUCGUCUGAAACAAGCUGAACAUUCGUAAACAAUCGGCAUAAAGCUGUAUCGAAGAUGAAGAAGAAGAUCGAGGUGGGGAUCGUUAAAUCCGAAAGUUCGUAUUAAUUAAAUUGUUCUCAAGACACACGGUUCCGCGGGAGUUUCUCGAUCGUUGAUUUUUCAAUGAGAAACGACUGAAUUUUUUCAGUGAAAUCGUCGCCGCUUUUUUGGCUCUGAUCUCGAUUUCGAGAAAGCGCGCGCAUUGAUUCUAAAUUGAAACGUAACGAAUCGAUGGAAGUCGAUCGGAAGGUAGAAACAAGGUGUACGAAGAAGAAACACCGCUUGUGCAACGGAUCGUCCAUAAAAAGAAACUGUCAAAGCAAUGAAACAACGAUAAAAUACAAUCGCGUCGAAGGCGAUAUAAGAAACAGACAAUGUUCGAUAUAAUCGGCCGCUUAUUAACCGGUAAAAACAAGAUCGUUAUGGUUUGGUAAUAAAGCGAACAAAUCUCUGCAAUUUAUCGUUUGAAGGAGUGUUAAUUUCGUUCGACAUCAAACUUUAGUUGAAAGCAAUCUUUGCCUCGAGUAUCUCAUUGUUUGAACGAAGGAAGAAAAAGGAAGCUCGAAGUCCAUCUGGUCAUCGAUUAUCGAACAGAAUAUAAUUAGUGGAAGAUGCUCCUUCCGCGUGGACUUUAGAACGGUUUAUAACUCUAAUGAUAUCGAAUUAUUUAUAUCGAACAAAUCCACGAUCGAACGGUUGAUAAUUGUCGAGAAGAAGGAUGAACGAUGAAAAAUUGGGCGACGUGUACCUUGAUUGGACCUGGCAGCCAUAAAGUUAUGGUAAUCACUCGUAUUAUCGCGAUGGCUCGUGCGUCAUAAGGCUUCGACUGUCGUUGGAACGGUGACAUCAAUUUAGAAAACUGUCCACCGCGGCUAAAUCUAAUUAUUUAACGAGCGAGUGGGCGUAAUGCGGUGCCGAGCGGCGACGCGAAAUCGUGCGGAAGAAGACCGACGUGUACCCCUCGUUUCCCUGAAAACGGAUUCCCUGUUGUUUCGCUGGCGAACAAACGGGAUUUUAGUGCUGUCCGAUCGGCGUGUCGUGCUGCUGGUGUCGUUGUUCCUCGCUCUUUUUUCGUGAACGUGCUGUGUUUAACAACCUCGAGUGACGAUACCUGGAUAUUUCAGUGUAUUUUCGGAGGUUUGACCUAACGAUACCAUGGGAAAAAAACGAAAUGUCCUGCGUGAUUUUAUUGGGGGAUAAUUGAAUUAUUAGCCUUCGAGAAGAAGGGUAAGGUGUUAGGGAUUCGAAAGAGAAAUAGAAAGAAAAUGGCUUGUAUAAUUUAAUUAGAGUAAAUUGAAUUUACCUUUGAGAAUAUUUAGGUACAAAAAUGGUCAGGUUUGACACGGGGAAAGCGAAAUGGUUGAAAUUUUUACAUUUCGAUAAACUUUAGAUAUUUGCAAGGACGUGUAGAGACUAAAAUAUGAAUUGAGAAAGUUGCAAUGUUAGCACGGAGAAAGCGAAAUGUCUUAUGUAAUUCAAAUUGAAAAUUUUGACUUUAAAAGUUGGCUUUGGAAAUUUUGCUCAAUGAUAUACGGAUUAAUAUUUAAGUAUUUUUAACCAUCUCUAUCGCUUAUCUUUCGAGAUACCCAUUAUCAUAAUCCUGGCAUUUAUUUUGAUAAAAUAACUUUAAUUGAUGGUACGAUAAAUUAAUAAUCGAAUUGUUAUAUAAGGGAUUUGCAUGAAAUAAGAAAAUAAUAGAAUUUGAAGUAAAAGAAAACUCGAAAAAAAUUCCAAGAAGACCUUGUGUCAAAGCACAUUUGUUUUCUAUUGAUCUUUGUUUUAAAAACAUUAUAGCCCUGUUACGUGCUGAACCAUCGCUUUUUUUUGUCAUCGUUACGCAAAUAUGAGUUUAACAUUUCGCGUUGUCAUCGUCGAGGCACGUAAUUAAGGUUUAAUUGCAACACAAAGACAACAAACGGCAGACUAUUUUUCGAAUCAUCAUUUUGUCUAACAUACAAUUGUACUUCCUGAAAAUUCUUAGUCUAUAUUGUUAUUACACAAAUCCAGUUCCAUUAUGCCGGUCAAUGUAUUCAUUUCGAUUCAAGGAUAAUCGCGACGAAAAUCGGGUUCCGUUACAUUAGAAAAUCUUGCUCUAAUAAUCGCGUCACGUUCGAAGUUUCAGAAACCAUUUUUGGCUAUUGAGAAAAUGUGACUUCGUUCUGAAAAAUUUUUAUCAAAGUGAAAGAAAAAAAAAAAAUUCUUUCACAAUAAUUGCAAACGUGCCGGUUUAGCUGGAAUCAUAAAAUUAUAAUCUAUUCCGCAUUCAUUAACCUUCUUUCUUAUAAUACAAGUACGGUAACGGCGUUUAAAUUGCUUCGAAAUGAAUUGCAAAAGAGUUGUCUACCUCGUUUAAAUUUCUUCAACGCGAUACGCGCUCGGAGAAUUUUUGAUGGAACUCGAAAGUUCACGAUUUCGUUCCGAACGAACGUUGCAUUUCUUUUUUAAAUUCGAAACCGAUCGAAUUCGACAGGAUCGAAUCGAGUUUGCAAUAAAAUCUUUGCGAAAAAGGCAGGUCUCGUGUGAACGAUUCACAUCCUAGUCACUGUGUGUCAAGUAAAUGCAGUUGGAGUACUUUCGUGUAUCACACAAACGGUACUGUAACAAAAUGCGCGCGUGUUAACGGUACCAGCAAUGCUAUCGGUACUACUACCACCAUUGCACACGCCACGUACACCGCGUUUAUUCUCCACGUGUCCGAUGCGUGAGUAGACCUUCUGUUAACAUAGUUAUCGUAUUCGGUUAUCGAUAACGCGACGUCCUCGAAAAGACCCGAGUUCGAUAUUUUUCACGCGAUAUUCACGCGCGAAUCGAGGGCAACUCGAUAAUCGUUGGCUGCAUUUCGGCAACUUUGGCGAGCGCCAGAUUUUUUCGCCAAUUGUUGACGAUCUCGCCGAAAGAUGACUCGAGGCAAUUUCGGGAGAUUACGUUCGCAGGCUGUUUUUAGCUCGAUUUUCUUGAAUUUUGAACGGUCAGAAAUUUUCGGAGAUCGCAUUCCAACGCGCCUUACCAAAGUCUAUCCAAUAGAUAACAUCUUUUAGAAUGAUCGCUAAUCUCCUUGGAAGCUCGUUAAAGCAUAAAUCCCAGCGUGAUAUCCUUCGUCACACAUCCGUCAAACGGAUUUCACAGUAACACGGAAAUACUUGGCACCGAUAAACGACUUUUACUUUCGUUUUAAACCGUGUAAUAUCCAAUCUAUAAACGAUAACGAAAGCGAGCUCUCACUUUCCGAACAAGAGUUCCACAGCGGUCUAACAUCUUGUCAUCUUUCGAUACGUGUCACGCGACAGACCAUUAAUUUCAUACAGGAAUUGCAACGCUUCAAACUCGAAAACAUGGGAAAUUGAAAAAUAGAGGUACACUGUUCAUGGACAAUGCGGUACCGCGGCAAAGUAGUUGCGCAUACGAUUGUGCGAGCAGCAUCGAUGACGCGAUCUCCUCCACCUCCUCGUUUUUCCUUGAGAACAACCUCGGACACAAUACACGAGCGAACAAUCGAGCUCGUACUUUCGUUUAAAACGUUAUUGCGAACGAACGUUUACCGCCAAAACUCGCUGUUCCCUUGCUACACCAAUUACAUCGCGUGAGAACUUUGGUGAAAACAGAUAUUCACCUAAAUCCGAAAGUUUUGCUCAGGCUACCGUGUAAAUACAGAAGACAGGAAUGGUAAAUUGUUCUCGAUCGCCUUUGAAUCUCGUUGCAGAAACGUUUAAACAAACGAUCGGAUGACUCAUGUAUACACUUUCGCAAGCGACGUUAGGAAAACUGAUGGAAAAGACAGGUUUGGUCUGACGGAGACAUUAAAAUGCCGUUGAGAAGCAGCAUCCUGUAAUUAACCUGUGAUUUGCUUCAUUUGGAAGUAUGUACUUGGAUAUUCUUUCUUUCGCAUCGAAAUUGUAUACUUGGAAUUUUUCUAAAAACUUGUCCAUUUUGAACUUUGACACUCUGUUAGGUUAAUUAGAGAGGAAGCUUCGAUGCACGGAUUUAACCCUUUCGCUAUUCGAAUAAAAUAAUUUUAUUCAUUCUAGCCUUGGUGAUAUGCAAUAGUUGUUCGAUUGGAUAGGUGACGACAGUAACCGCGUUAAAAGAGGCGUUUUGCCGUUUCCUUUUUCUGCGGCUCGCUUUCCAUGUAUCUGGCACGUCGAACGGGAACGUAUGUAGAAAUUCAGAGUCCUGAGAAGAAACGAGUUCUUUCGUGUUUUUUUUUUCUCUUAUAUUAUCGAUAUAUGUUUAAUACGAUCCUCUGCAUCGUUAUCGUAUAAAUAUACUUUCACGUUUGCUGCUUCAUCCUCGAUUAAUCCUUUCGCUUUAAUUAAUUAUCACAGAUAGUUGUUCUAAUCGAAAAAAUUCACAGUCUAAAUAUUGUUAUUAUUAAUCGAAAGUUAUUCAGCCAGUAAAUUGGUAUUCUAGUUUGAUUAGUUUUCAACAGUUUACACCGUUCACAGUUAUUGGAAGUAUGCACGGGAAACGACGUCGCCCAGUUUAGAUAUUCCAGUUAGGGAACGGAGUCGUGGGUGGUGUGGUGUCGCUGCUCGUUACGAUCGAGCAAGUCGUUGAAACGAGCAAAAGAAAAAGAGCCACGCAGAAGAGGUAGGCUGUCUUGGUUCGCAUGUUGUUUUCUUGUUAGCCUACAUCUAAGCAGCGGCUUCGACUUCUUAUUAGAGUGUGACGUAUGAAGUCCAAGUGAACUUGAACGAUCAUUCAUCGUCUCGAACGAGGGAAACGAAGGAACACCGAGUCGUUCGACUCAGCUGGAAAAUUCAGGCUCUCAACACUUCCAGAAAUUUUUCAAGAAAUACGCUAUAAAAAUUGUUGAAGCGUACGUAAAAACGGUAAAUUUACAGUGGCAAGUUCAAGAGUAAGAUAUGAUAUCACCGUCGUUCAAAGUAGAAUUUAAUAGCUGUUUUAAAGGCACUAAUGUGCAUGAGUCAAUGUAAAACAAUACACUGUCGAGGAACACGGUAUGCACGUCAUUUCCAGUUCUAGCGCAAAGCAACGACGUGCACGGCACAUCAUUCGAAAAUAACUUGAUCAAUUCACGUCUACCUCUGGUUGUUACAAAACCUUGGUUAAUUGAAAUUCGAUAAUUUUAAAGGGAAUAGAACAUUUUAUGCUGAAUAUUCCUAGAGAGGCUUUCAGGUUGAAACGUGGUCGAUGAAAUGCUUGGCAGCGGUCGCUAAAUUACAUUUGCGUGAAUAUAUUCGUAAUAAGAUAAUCGCGAUACCGAUUCAAUUAAUAUAGAUUCCAUUGGAAUACUAUAUGAAAUAUUCGUGGCUCGAAUGUACUCACGAUUACGAUGAUUAGGAGGUUAAUCGAGAUGACCGUCCAAAUAUCACCCUGGGAAACCGUCUCGUCGAUUAUCUGCGAUUGAUUCUCUGUAAUUGAAAGCGUUAUUAGUAACUAUUGUCCUGCGAAUAUCUACAUAUUGAGUUUUAAUAAUCUUCGGUGAUUAUAAAUAUAUUUAAUUAACUCGACCCGAUUGACUUUCGAAGAAGAGCCUUAGGUGUAAAUUCGGGAAAGGGGUUAACCUCUGGCGAACAGCUAUCAGGCUGUCGCAAUUAGGAUGUCUAGGUCGGUCGUAGCGAGACCAACAACGAGGCUUUCUCUCGAUGGCUGACUUUUACUUUUGCCACAGGCAUAUUGAACAUCUUUCCUCGUGUAUCUGCAACGAUCGUGCAUUAAGGUAAUUCCAGUUAAUGGGUUCAUUCGGCUUCGUGACUACCAAUCGAACCUAGCGUGAUGCCUUUUCUACAAAUCGUGUUCACUGAACGAUCAGAAAUUGUUCUCGAACCGAAUCGAGAAACGCUGUUAUUUCGGUGACGGGUGAAAUUUGCCGUGGCCCUUUCGCGAAACUCCCUUAUCACGGUGCAUUAGCAUACGUGAAAGUUUUCUAGCGACACCGGUUACUGGAACACGAUCAUUAUUUUUCAAUCCACAGUUCAGUUACGAUCGCGUUCGCGACACCGGCGUACGUAUUCCGUUUAGAACGAGAAUUUUUUUAAUAUCUUUUAAAUUAUACGUUUGUUAAGGAGUUGGUUCCUUUUUUGCCAGAAAUGUAGGAAUUCCGUAUAAGUGUAAAUUGACCUCUAUUAUAAAACGGUACAACGCCGGUAGGAAAGACGGCCGAUACGCGCGUUGAAAUCUCCGGGCCGGUGGGAGGCGUACUGCUCCACCUUUCAUUUGACUUUGACAGUUCCAUUAUGGUAUCGAAGCUAACGGCAAACAGUACCGUACUUGACGCUAGUGAAUCAACGUGCGCGCCGAUAUGUCGAGGUCUAUUGGGUACCGAAAUGUAUCUUGGAUAAGUAAGACGCUUCCGACAUUGGCUGAUAAACCAAAGAACACUGUGAUAACAGCAGAUUGAACUGUAAUCAAGGGGAAAAAAAUGAACCACGAUACCGUGAGUGAAAACAGUGAGACUGCAUCCAGUGAUAAGAAUCGGUUCGACGGUGAUCAGUGAAAACGAUCAUGUUCACGAUGAUCGAGCCGAGAAGCGACAGGGUGUCCAACACCCAGACGAAACACCAUUGUUACCAGGUGAUAAGAACGACCAGGGUGCAUCAGAGUUCACGAAGCUCGAGGAUGGUCACCGUUCAAGAGAAGGUCAUCAGAUCGCGGCUGCAGUUGGGAUAUUCCACUCCUACCAACUUCAUUAACCGCUUCCCGCAAAAAAUGGAGAGGCCGUCCCAGCACGCGGCGAACGUGAACCAGGUGCACAGCGGUGGCAUGCACGGGGUGUACUCGUCCGGGAGCCAAACAUCCCUGACGACCUCCUACAUCACGGGCCAGUCAUACGUACAAAAUCAAAAUUACGCUCACGGCCCGUACAAUUCGUCGUCGAACGUUCGGGUUUACGCUCACGCGGGUUACAAUCAGCCCCAAAGCUACGGCACCAUGGUGCAGGGCUACGGUGGUCAACCUCAGGCAACAGGGUAUCAACAGAAUCACCUUAAAAAAGGACCUGUACGUAACGGAGACGUGCUGAAGAGAUGCCGGCUGCAGACUGCAUACGAGCUGUCUCAGGAUCUCUUAGACAAGCAGAUCGAGAUGCUGGAGCGAAAGUAUGGCGGUGUGAAGGCGAGAAACGCCGCAUUGACCAUCCAGCGCGCUUUCAGGAGAUACACGUUGUUGAAGAAGUUCGCAGCGAUCACCGCGAUGGCCAAAGCGGAAAAGAGGCUCAGCAGAAAAUUGCAGGAGACGACGGAUCGUGCUACGGGGAUGAACGAGCACGAUAAGAUGGUCUAUCAUAGCCAGAUUUACAUUCAACAGCCGCAGACGGCGAACAGACCUAUGCCCAUCAGGAGCAUGUCUCUGAGAGAGAGGAGGCACGCGGAGAACUCGCAAUCGCCGAUACCUCGAAGUCAGAGCGGCAGGUGCGAGGUUCAGGUUACCGGUCAUCAGCACGCGAAUCAUAAUAUUCAUCAGAGUGGCAGACACACGCCUUCUUUGGCGCCCAGCCCUUGCAAUAGACAUCAACAACUACCGCCUAGCCCUUGCUGGGAGUCUAGCUCUCAGGAGAGCGGAUCUAGCAUUCAUUAUUACAACCCACAGGAAGCUCUUUGUGGCAUCAGACAAGAGACACCUCCGCGGGACUUGCUUCGAACCCCGUGCACCUCGCCGUCUACGCCCCACAAUCUUCAAACUCCUAUGCCUCAAAAUUGGAGUAACGCCAGUCAUCUAGGGUCUGCCGGACGAACGAGAGGAUCCGCGAAAAAGGUCCCGCCGGAAGUGCCAAAAAGAACGUCUUCCAUUACAUCAAGGUCUAUGGAGCCACGUCACAAUGGUUUGAGCAAAAGCGUGGAGAACGGUAGCCUAAGCUCGGUCCAGAGUUCUGGCAGCGAUUCCACUAAUUGCGAGAGCUCCGAGGGAGACGCUCAAAGAGGAUCACCUGUGUGGAAGCAUAAAGGAAUCUCAAGCUCGCCGGAACAUCAAGAAUGCGCGAAUCACACUACAGAUUCGAGCACCAUGAUGAACAGCGUAAAAGAGAUGGGUCACUCGCAUGCCAGUUCCGGUUACCAACUUCCGUUGAUGGACCAUCCGGAAAAUAUACCCCAGACGAGUUACAAAGUUUCUGAAACAGUUAGGAAACGUCAGUACAGAGUAGGCCUAAAUUUGUUCAACAAGAAACCCGAACGAGGAAUCAGUUAUUUGAUCAGACGAGGAUUCUUGGAGAACAGCCCGCAAGGUGUAGCGAGAUUCUUGAUCAGCAGAAAAGGAUUGUCCAAGCAGAUGAUAGGAGAGUACCUUGGGAACUUGCAGAACCCUUUCAACAUGGCUGUGCUCGAAUGCUUCUCCCAAGAGCUAGACCUAUCCGGAAUGCAAGUGGACGUUGCCCUAAGGAAAUUCCAGGCAUAUUUCCGGAUGCCUGGCGAAGCCCAGAAGAUAGAACGACUGAUGGAGAUUUUCAGCCAGCGUUACUGCCAAUGCAAUCCGGACGUAGUGUCCAGGCUACGUUCAGCAGACACUGUCUUUGUCUUGGCGUUCGCAAUCAUAAUGCUGAACACCGAUUUACACACGCCAAACCUGAAACCAGACCGCAGAAUGAGGCUGGAGGAUUUCAUCAAGAAUCUCAGAGGCAUAGACGACUGUGGAGACAUCGACAGAGAUAUACUGAUGGGCAUAUACGAGAGAGUGAAGGAAAACGAAUUCAAACCUGGAUCUGACCACGUUUCCCAAGUGAUGAAGGUUCAGGCGACGAUAGUGGGCAAGAAACCCAAUAUGGCUUUGCCACAUAGGAGAUUGGUCUGCUAUUGCAGGCUAUACGAGAUUCCAGAUAUCAACAAGAAGGAGAGACCAGGUGUACAUCAACGAGAAGUGUUCCUUUUUAAUGAUCUGCUCGUUGUGACGAAGAUCUUGAGCAAGAAGAAAAAUAGCGUCACCUAUACCUUCAGACAGAGCUUCCCAUUGUGCGGAAUGAUCGUCACCCUGUUUCAAGUUCCUCAUUAUCCGUAUGGAAUUAGACUCUCCCAACGUGUGGAUGGAAAGGUGUUGGUCACGUUCAAUGCUAGAAACGCGCACGACAGGUGCAAGUUCGUGGAGGAUCUCAGGGAAUCCAUCAGCGAGAUGGACGAGAUGGAAACCUUACGGAUUGAGACGGAACUGGAACGACAGAAGAGCAGUAGAAGUGCCAGAGGAGGUGCGGAGAACAGGGACUCCGGAGUGGCGGAUGUCGAGAUAUGUCCUUGCCCGGGUUCUUGCUCGGAGAAGUCAGAAACCACCGACAUGGACACGCAAUUGAAACGCUCUGCUCUUAGUAACUCGCUUCUGGAUAUACACGAGCAGUUUGCCGGUGAGAAACCACAGCGACGUGGAAGCGUGGGCUCGCUAGAUAGUGGUAUGUCGAUUUCUUUUCAAUCUACAUCUGCCAGCUCAAUGAGCCAAGGCAUUAAACAUCCGGGACAUCCUAUACAUCCAGGGGCUACAAUCCCUGGUGGUGCUAAGGGACUGGCUCAGCAGCCGUCUUUUUUAGGGGGUCUAUUCGCCAAACGGGAACGAAAGCUUUCGCAAUCGGAGGAAUCUGGCCCUUACAGUCGCACCACGGAAGUAUAAUAUAUCCUUCCGGUGCUACCUAACAAAUAACAGACCAAAUUGGAUACCCACAAGGGGACGCAUCGCGUGUAGCUGCAUAUCAAACGCGUAACAUGCACUUUUCAUACGUUUAUCAAGAGAAUACGUAUACCUGUAUAUGUAACAUCAUAGUUUUUUAUAGCAUAUGGACACAUUUCGGAGAACCCAUUUUUUAUUUCAAACUAUGAUGUUACGUGUGGGGUAUAGAAGAGUCUAGGAAACGUAAUUUGAACCCGAGUAUAAUAUUGGCAUUUGGCCUAGCCAAAUUUUCAGCCGAUGGUUCAAUUGUCGUGCAGUCCCUUUGUCGGAUGAAACUCCUCUUGCUUUCCUCGACACUAGGUACAUUUAGAAGCUGGAAGAAAGAAAAAAAUUACCGGAUUAGAAAUUGGCAAAUGGAAAGGACGAAAGAAGUAUGGUUCGAGGAGGAAGAAAAAAAAUUGGAAAGCACGAAGGUAACUAAUAACAAGAUGUAAAUUUAUGGGAUUGGGCCGGAUCCAAUCGCGAUCAUUCUAAGGAGUGGAAGAUUUGGCAAGAUGAAAUGCGAAAUAGCCCUUACUGGCACGUGUAUAGUAUUUAUUAAUCCCAAAAAUAAGUCGAAUCGAUACGUUUCAUUUCGUAUAGUAUUUAUAAUUUCCAAUGGUGGUUCGAUUCGCGUCGAUCUGUUCUGCGUAUGUAGAUAAUAAUCGUUUCGUUCACCGCUUAGACCGGUUUUUAAGCAUGUUACGGUACGUUAAGAAAGGAUUAUUCUUAACGCAACAAAGAAUAAGGUUCUUGGAGAGUGGUUCUUAAGUAAUGUCGUAUUUUUUUGCAAGUAUCGUCGAUGUAGUUAUACUUGAAACGAUUGUACAUAAUAGGUAUAUAACAAUAAUUGUAUGAUUACAAUGAUAAUUCUGUAACAAAACGUAGCCUAAGGAAACGAUAAGCAAUCCCUCUCAAUGUUAGGUGCAUGUUGAUGUCUAACAACUUUUUAAUAUCACAGCAAUGGAAGUUUGAAUGUAGCAGUCUUGUAAGUAUUAACAUUUCAAAAGGGAGAAGGAAGAGAAAGAAAUGUUUUUUUUUUUCAUUGUUGCGGUACAUUUGUAAUCAUAUGCAAGUUGUAGUUCUGCUUGUGUGUUUGAAACUUGAACAAUAAUUUUUCUUUUCGUUGUUUCCAAAACAGCAUAAUUACGUAAAAAGAAAAGUGAUAGGAAUUAGUUGGUUUCUCGUCUCGUAGUACGUAGACAAUUUUGAAGAUCACUUUAAUAAUGUUAUAAGGAUAAACACGGGUAUGGAAACUCGCGAAUAAAAAGAGGACAACUUGUAUGCCUUAUAUACUGCCACAAUUUUAUCAUUAGGGGAUGAGAAACUGAUUAAUCACUUUAUAUAUUAGAUAGUAGAGAAUUUUCAAACGCUGCGGAAUUACAUUGGAAAAGUGAAUAUCUUGUAUAUAUCAAGCGAUCGCAAUACCAAGUAAUAGUAAUAAAAUAUACAUAUAUAUAAUUCAUUAAUUUCAAUUCAAAGUGACUAAUCAGUGAAGUUUCAUACACUGUACAUUACACAAUUCAUUUCGGACUUUGGGAGUUUCUUUGCAUUCUCAUUGUAAAACACAUUUUUUAUAAACCAUCAAAUUUAUUUUCAUAGUUUUUUAACAAUCUUGAAACGGGAGUAAUCUACUUUUUUGCACUGCUGUUGGAGAGCACUCUAACAUCUGUUUCCAAAUUCUAUUUUCUUGACUAAUUUAUUUGACCCUUCAGCUGCUACAAAGUUACUUAAGUAACUGCUUGUUUUAUUCAGCAGAAGUCUUCGGACAAAGAUACUUGUUAACUAAUAAUAAAUAGAAUUAAUAGGGGCAGCUAAGAAUUCCUACAUUUUACCUUUCAUACUAACUCUGGCUGCUACAAAAUAAGUAAAACGUUUGUUGUUCAAUUGUUAUAAAAUUGAGAAAAUACUUAAUCACGUUCUUGAAAUAAUGAAAUAAAUCUCACAAGGAUGGACGUCCUUCGCAGCUGAGGGAUUAAAGAAAGAUAAUAACUGAAGCACAACUUAAAGCAACAGUUGACAAAGUGUUCGCCAUGAAUGUACAUAUACUCCCAAUGAUCCGUAACAGUCUGUAGUCUUCAGCGUUAUUAAUUCUAGUCUUUCUCAUCAGGAGAAUUCUCCGGUAUGCUGUAAUAUCGCGAAAGAAACAAUUCCAUAAACAAAAACGUCAGGUAAAACCUUGAUGUAGCUCGUAAGGAUGUGGAUAGAAUAAAGAAUGUGAGAUCAACCAUAACUUAGGAUCGCGUCAAUUUGCGUGACGAAUAAGAAAAUCGCUCGUUUGGAAUAACCAGAAUAAAUGUCAACUUAUGGAAAUGCUUCUGUGAUAAUCUUCUUACGAAUGAAAAAAAGAAAAAGACUGAUUAAGAAGACCAUGUUCUAUGUCGCCCUGUUUACAGAAAAGUUCACGAGAACGUAAAAUCCUUAUUCGUAGAUACUUUCACAACUCGUCCUUGCCUGGUGAUUCCUAUAUCGUACACGAUGUGAAGACGAUUUUUAUAAAAAAAAAAAUACAAUA